UGUGCGGACCAAGUUGAUGGAGAAUAAACAGAGUGGUUCCCGACUUGUCAGAAUUAAGGCUUGGCUUAAGAUUAUUACCCAAAUAAAAGGCGUACGUAGCAAAAUAUAUUUUUGUUCUGCACUCACCGAGUAAAUUAUCUUCAUGUGAGCGGAGGCGGCUCUUCCAAGCUUUGAGAAAAUCUCCUGCAGCGGGGGAAGAAAGAAGAAAAUUGUUUAUCACUCGCGAAUUAAAAUUCACAAGAGGCUUUCCUUCAGUAAGGGAAAGAGUAUAUAUAGUAGGGUUGAAAGAUGUAAGGUAGCGCAUUCGUCCCAAAACUUCCAGCCGAUUGCAACACCUCAGGAAGAUCAACGUGAGCGCAAUUGCAGUUUAUCGUGUAUAAAUAAGCACGCCAACAAAUUUUUUUUUACAUUUCGAAUCUCUGACUGGAGGAUACCGGAACUCCAAAGUCCAGAAGGUUUUGAGAUACGACGAUAUCACUCGGCGGUUUACUUCAAUCGGAAGAACCCGCACACUGAUUAACCAACGGCAACUUUUUAUCCGACUCUUUUCACAAUCGUCGCUGAAUGAAAACUGCCGUAAUGUCAGCAAAGUUUUUGAUCAUCUUGAUUAUGGUCAUGUUCGGCUGGUUGUUGAAUGAUCACCAGUGUCAGGCUGCUCGCGAAUCGACUUCUAACGCAAACCGAAGAUUUUAUGGGCAUCCAUUGUUUCCUGGCCGAUAUCCAGUCGUUGACAUUCUUGGAGAAGACGAAGAGAUCACGGAGCUCAAUAAACGGCAAUUAUCUGACGAUUAUGGGCACAUGAGGUUCGGAAAGCGGGAUCAAUUUGAUGACUAUGGCCACAUGAGAUUUGGCAGAAAUCACGAUUAAGCUCUGCCUGAAUUGAACUUAACGUGAUAUACGCGAAUAAUAUAUUUUUCCCUUGAAAUCCUGUUAUGUAGACCUCUUUGAGAUGAAAAACCUAUCAUAUAUUAACGAUAUUACAAAUCAUGAAUAUCUCCGAUAAAAUGUAUCAUAAUAUCUCCCACUCUCAAAUAAAUAAUCACGUUUAA